AUGGGUCUAUUUACGUUCGAAAAGUUUCGCUAUUUCAACCGGACGUUGUUCGCCUCCGUCUUCGUCAUCGCCGUCUCUACCUUCAACUAUGGCUUCGAUAACCAGGCCUUUGCUACCACCCAGGCCAUGGAGCAUUUCACCAGACAAUUUGGCGACUAUAACGAGACAACAGGCAAAUACGCCUUUCGGUCUGACUGGUUAUCCCUCUUCAACAGCUUGAAUUACAUCGGUUUCGCCGCCGGUAAAGCUUCCUACUGCCUGCUUAUUCACGAGCCAGAGCAGAUUAUGGCCGCCCGCAUCCUUAACUACGUGUAUGUGGGCAUGGAGCUGUCCGUCGUUCCGACUUUCCAGUCAGAAAUUGUUCCCGCCCCGGUCCGAGGCCUAAUCGUCGGCACUUACCAGUUUAGUCUAACUGUCGGAGGACUCGUUAUUAACGCGAUCUGCUACGGCACGAGCAAGAUUGACGACAACAGGUCGUGGAGGAUCCCAUUGGGCCUCUUCUAUGUAGUCCCUAGCAUUAUCGCCGCCGCUAUAUUCUUCAUUCCCGAAUCUCCAAGAUGGCUCCUACGAAAGAACCGCAUCGAUGAAGCCAAGGAAAUGCUGGUGCGUCUCCGGCACGGAGCCUUCACCGACGAGGAGAUCGAGGCAGAAUUCACCGAGCUGCGCGUUACGCUCGAGCACGAACAGGAGAGCGGCAAUUUCAUGGAGCUGUUCCGUGGAAAAAACGUAAUUCGCACGGUUAUUAUCGUUUUCGUCAACUUUUUCCAGCAAGCCACCGGACAGGCAUUCGCUUCUCAAUACGGUGCCGUUUACGUCAGGUCUCUAGGCAUCUUCGAUCCUGUCCUGUUUGGAUUGAUGAACUCUGGCAUUAACGCUGUGGUUAUAACCCUCGUUCUAUUCGCAACGGACAGAUUUGGGCGACGGACACUUCUGAUGGCGUCUUCCAUUGCCAUUAUGGGUAGUCUGUUCUCGAUGGGCGGCCUUGGCGUCCAGGAGCCAGUCUCCGUUCCGAGAAUGAAGGGCAUUAUGGCCCUGAUCACCAUCUUCGUCUCCAGCUUCUCGCUAGGCUGGGCGCCCUUGACAUAUGUCGUCGCUACGGAGGUGUCCAAUCUACGCCUACGAGACCAUAGCUCUCGGGUUGGCUUCACGGUCAACGUUAUUUUCAACUUCCUCAUCAACUUUUCAAUCCCGUAUCUUGUAUUUCCGGAUCGUGCGGGUCUCGGAAGUAAAGUCGGCUUCAUCUUCGGCGGCAUUGCAUUUUGCUCUCUUAUAUUUGUAUACUUCUUCGUCCCCGAGUGCAAGGGCAAGACACUAGAGCAGGUCGAUUACCUGUUCAUGACUGGAGUCCCACUGCGGAAGUUUGGCUCAACAAAUGCCUCGGAGCUGAUGGAAGCUGUGCAUCACCAGAUCCAGGAGAAGGAGCACCAUGACGACCCUGAACUGGGCCAAGCCCACCAUGUAGAGAACAAGUAG